CAUAACGCGAUUAAUAGCCUACGUCGCCAUCGUCGCCAUGAUAUGCUUCGUUUGACAGUUGUGAUGUGAUAUGAUGUUUUGUCGCGAUGCUUCCACCUUCCGAUAGCAUUCGUCGACGGCGGUUAUGAGACUCGCGGAGCGUGCGAGCGAGCGAGGGGAUCCGCGAUGCGGGAUCGUGCGAUCGGUGCGGUCAGUGUCUCGUGAUGAGUGCGGGAGCCUAUUGCGUACGGCAACCUUGUUAGUGUACAUACUUGUAUAUAGAUCUCUCAUUUCCUCGCAAUGCGUACCUGAUGAUUAAUUAGCACGCUUAAUCGCGCCACGUUAACACAUAUUGACGCACGAAUCGCACGAUGUCUGCUCUGCGGAGGAAAACGGCCCGGAGACCGACGAAAGAGACGAGAACUGACAAUCUUGUAGGAGCAGAUGUUACCAUUGACGAUUUUGCUAAUACAUUACGGAUACAUGCUAGAUUCAAGAAGUCUGUUACAAAUGUCUCUAAUGAAGUGAAACAGGAAGCAACGAAACAAGAAGAUAAAGUAGUAUGGGAUGAAACGGAUGAAGAGUGCUUAUUAAAAGAUAAUACGAGAGGAAGGAGAAAUAGAAGAAAAAUAAAAUGCCAAAAGGAUAAUGAUGAAGAUGAAGGAAUCAACUAUCCAUUAGAUAUAUGGUUUAUUAUUUCUGAAUACAUACAACCUGAAGCAGUAGGAAAGUUUGCAAGGAUUUGCAAAAGUUCUUAUUAUGUAACUACCACUGGAAAAUUUUGGUUUCAUUUAUAUAAAUCAUAUUACAAAUUCGUACCAGAUUUACCAGAGCGCCUACAACCACAGUGUAUGAGGUUAUAUGAACUAAGAGCUUGUGUUAUCAGGGCAUUGCAUUACACUUACUUUAGAACGUCGAAUGGAGAAGGGGACGAUAUGUCUUAUUUACGACAGGAGGAACCGCAUUCUCUCGUGAAGAGAAAAUGCACUCUUAUGUGGCAUAAAGAGGGGAAAGUACGAUGGUAUUUUUAUUUCAAGUUGAAGGAAGUUUCUAAAACACGUAAUGGCCAGUUAAGGCAAAAUAAACAGUGUGACACUAAAAAAGUCGAAUUUCUCCAAACAUUAGAAGAUGUGGCUGUUAAUCCCGAAGACAAUUGCAAAGUGCUUAGGGUGAGUUGUUCGAAGUAUAGUAUGUUACCACCGGUGAUCGGAUUAGUCCUGCAAACAGUGUCUAUGAACUUGAUGCCUGGCUUUAGAGAGCACCGACUUCAACUUGGUUUUGGAACGUCGGAUGUUCCUAGUACGUUAACAAAUCAAAUAAUACUUCGUAACGUUAUCGGGUACAGUAUCUUGAAUUGGUGGGAUCCUGCCUAUCCUCAUCAGGACGUGAGUUACACGAUCGAAUUGCCGCAAAGUGACUCGUGGGACUAGAAUUUAUUACAGAUUGUUCUUAUAUUUUGUGUAUUAUAUUGGGGAAAUAGAAAAGCCUUUAAAUUUUAUAAAACAAAUAUAUAUACAUAUAUCAACGCGUAA